AUGAGGCCCAGAAAGUCUCACGAGGAUGAACAAGGCGAACUGUUAUUGCCAUCGACUGAACAAGGCUCUGAGAUCAAGGUAGCACAUCGUCAGUGUCAACUGUACGGCAAUUGGCAAUGGACUGGCAUCACGUUGGUAAUUGCUGCUUCCAUUGCAAUUGGGUAUGUUGCCGGUCAGAACGGCGCUCUCGGGGCUAGCAAAGCAUCACAUGGACUUCCAGUGCCACCUGGUAGCAUUCACACAAAGUGGGAGCACAAUUUGACAUUUACGCAAAAACCAUCACCUGAAUCUGAAGCUGCAUGGGCUUCAAUAAUUCCUAUUGGGCGUGGCUUUGUUCAUCAUGAGAAAGUCGCACCAUUCAUCUCGAACAUUGCUCACGCUAUUGUUGUCGCAUACUAUGAAGCGCUUGAGAGUGAGCCUUUGGCAAAUCUAACUGAUAUUCCUGACCUAGAGAAGAAUACCUCCACAAGAAUAGCGCCGUUCCACAUUCGGCACUGCUUCGACUACAUCAGACAAGCUCUAAUGUGUGCGGCAGACACAAAUCUGGAGGUACUCAAUGAAAAGACGCACUUAACCAACGGAUGGGGUCAACCAAAGCAAUGUCGGGAUUACCAGCGUGUAUUUGCAUGGGCAGAAAAGUACGCCAACUCUUCUGAUACAGGAAUUGUCACAUAG